ACUGCCGACCCCCCCCCCCCCCACACUCCUUUUCUACAUCAUUUGACAUGUCCAGAACGUCAUCAUCAGCUCCAACAGCAGCACACGCACACACACCAUCACCGCCUUUGUCGACAACCAGCGCCACUACCCCGAACCAACUAUCACUGCCGCGAGCCAUGCUUCGAAAGUUGGCGAAGCGGGCGACCAAGAACCCGAUCGAGGUCAUCGUGACAAUCUUUGUCAUUGUCACACUCGCCUACUUUCAGGUUCUUCACGCCGUCACGACGAGCAAUUUUUUCGAGCCACUGCACAGGGAGGCCGCCGGUCUGGCUGCGGCAUCGUCCUCACCUUUGAGCAGCGAUGCGGACGCUAUCAAUGACGCCGCACGGUGGACGGAGAGGGGGAACUUCUUUGUGAGGAAGGCAGGCUCGAUGGAUUGGAUCGCUGGGGAAGAAGCAAACGAGGCCGGUCUCGAGCACGGAGCGGCCGAGUCGGAGAAGUUGAAGCGUUUCCUCAUCGAGCCCGUCAUUGUGGUCGACUCUGAGGAGCAAACCGAUAUCAAGAAAGCGCUCCGUGAUACGACGCUAGCCAAUGUGGCCAAGCUCCUGCAGAAAGAGUUGGGUGGUGACGGCCCAACGCAUCUUGUCCAAGAUGUUCCGGAGGAGGUUGCCGCAUAUACUUUUGCUCGUUUGUCGACAAUUGAGCAAGAUAAUGAGGACGCGACCUUCGAAGCAAGACGGCACUUCAUCGAGAAGGCUGCCGAUGUCGAUAUGCUGGCGACGACAGUCAAUGCCAGUGUGACAAAGGCUUCCGCGCUUCGGUUGCUGCCCAUCUUUUCCGACGAUGACGUCGGCGCCUAUGGCUCCACGGGGCAGUACUCGUCUGCCUCGACCGAAGAGCUUCGAUCUGUGCGAUGGAUGGCCUAUGCCAUGCGCGCUCUCGUCAUGCGCUUCUGGGCCCUGGUCAAACGCGCCGACUCAGCAGACAUCUUCGUGAUGCUCUCUGCCUAUAUUCUCAUGCACGGCACUUUCGUCAACCUCUUCCUCUCGAUGCGCAAGUUUGGAUCCAACUUUUGGCUCGGCGCUUCGGUUCUGACCUCGUCCAUCUUCGCCUUCCUGUGUGCUUUGGCCAUGGCAUACCUCGUCGGCGUGACCGUGGAUCCCAUCUGCCUGUCUGAGGCUUUGCCUUUCCUCGUCAUUACUGUCGGCUUUGAAAAGCCCUUUCUGCUCACGAGAGCCGUCUUCACGCACCCCGCAAUCGCGCCUCAAGCGACGACGUCCAAGGCCAACCCAGACCUGCUUCUUUCAGCGCUCAACGAAUCGCAGCAGCAACAGCAACAACAACAACAGCAGCAGAGGCAGCAAGGCCCACGUCCGGAUGGGAUCAAGGGCAAUGGCGCUAGAGUGGCCGACGACCACAGCCAGGAGGAAGCCUUUGUGCGUGCCCUUACCGCCCGCCUUCGCACGGAGCCCAGCCUGCGGUGGUCUGCCCCUCAGCCAGUGCCUGCCAACGAAGUCGUUGAGGCUGCUGUCGACCUCGUUGGCGUGCCCAUCAUCCGAGACUACGCCAUCGAGAUUGCAGUCAUGGCUGUCGGCGCCACCAGUGGAGUGUCGGGUCUGCGCGAAUUUUGCCAGCUCGCAGCCCUGAUCCUCAUCUUCGAUUGCGCUUUUCUCUUCUGCUUCUUCAUCUCCAUUCUCACCGUCAUGGUCGAGGUACACCGGAUCAAGGUGAUGCGGGGCAUGCGAAGGCUCAAACCCUCGACACCGCCCAAUGUCGAUUCAGACGUGCCCCUUUCGGAGCUUGACACACCCAUGUCUACGUUGUCUUCGCGCGAAGACAGCCCGGAACGUGCCGCCGCGGAUGGAUCACGCCAGCAUUCGAGUGCCUCGACUAGGCCGCUGUGGAGGAGGAUCGUCAAGCUCAUCCUCGGAAAGGUUCCCUUUGAAAGGAGCAGACAUGGUCGCGAAAAUCCGGUAGCCAGGCUCAAGCUUCUCCUCAUUACGGCUUUCCUGACGCUCCAUUCGCUGAACCUCGUCUCAACACUGACGACGCAAUCGGCCUUUUCGCGCCACCAGUCGACCGGCGCCGUCUCCCUGUACAAGUCCCUCGUUGACACGGCACCUGGCGUUUUAUCCACCGCCAAGCCAAAUAGUGCUGUCAUGGAUGCGCUUCUGAGGGGCAUGACGAUGCCGAAGGAUGCCGACGUCAUCGUCAAGGUUGCCGAUCCUAUUAUCUACGUCCUUGUGGACAGCGCUCCAAAUGCAGCGUGGUCCCGGUCAGCGAUUGGAUCUGCAGCUCUCAACGCAUCGGGUCUGGGAGGCAGCAACAGCAACGCAAUCGAAUCACCAUCGGGUAGCAACUCAUCGGACUCGUUCUUGCCCACAGCCAUUAAAUCGGGCACCUCACCGGGUAGCUCAUCUUCUCUUGCUGUGCUCGACAGCUUCAUGAGCUUGUGGACGGUCAUCGUGGGCGACCCCGUCAUCAGCAAGUGGAUGUCGCUGGCACUGGCCAUCAGUAUUUUCCUCAACGCCUAUCUACUGAAGGGCAUCGCCACGGGCAAUGCAGCCGUCGCCGAGGGUAAUGCGGCUGGUGCGGCUGCAUUUGCCGCUGCACGCAUGAUUGGCGCACACCUGAACCGUGAAGGGGGUCGACUGUCGACUGCAGACGUCGCAACGGAUAGCAAGCCUUCGAGACGAUGGAGUGAAAAGCCAGCAGAGCGGCCAAACAUGCACGAUAGCAUUUCCGAGUACCACUUGAAACUCGCUCAGCUCUCGGCCAGCCAUGCCAAGGGCAAGCUCGACCAGGUGCCAAGGCAAGAGGAGGGCCUUAGCAAGGCGGACGUCCCUACGAAGGCCGUGGCGGCUGAUGCGGUGGCUUCCGAUGCAGCCGCCACAGUGCGCGACGAGGCGAAGACGGGAGAGAAGCCGUCAGACUCGCUGCGUGUCAAGGUGGCUGGCUUUGUGGGCAAUGACGGGACUCAAGAGGUCCGGCCGUUGGACGAUCUUCUCGAGUUGUACGCCGGAGGAGCCGGUGUCUUCUUGCUGAGCGACGAAGAGGUCAUCCUCCUGGCGCAAAAGGGAAAGAUCCAGUCCUACGCCUUGGAGAAGCUGCUGCAAGAUCACGAGCGAGCCGUCCGAAUCCGAAGGGCUCUCAUCUCGCGAGCAUCCACGACGAAGACUCUCGAAAGCUCCCUCGUGCCACACUCCAACUACGACUACGCACAGGUCAUGGGUGCCUGCUGCGAGAACGUCGUUGGGUACAUGCCUCUGCCUGUCGGUAUCGCUGGCCCCUUGACAGUUGAUGGUCAAGUCUUGCCGAUCCCCAUGGCCACGACCGAAGGAACUCUGGUGGCCUCGACAUCGCGCGGUUGCAAGGCACUCAACGCGGCAGGAGGUGUCACGACCGUUUUGACGCAAGAUGCCAUGACGCGAGGCCCUGUGAUUGAGUUCAGCUCCAUCACGCAGGCCGCAAAGGCCAAGAGGUGGAUUGACUCGCCAGAAGGAGCAUCGACGAUCAAGGAAUCUUUCGACUCGACUUCACGCUUUGCACGUCUCUCUCACCUCCGCUGCGUCAUGGCGGGCAGGACCCUCUAUGUGCGCUUUGCCACGGCCACGGGCGAUGCCAUGGGCAUGAACAUGGUCUCAAAGGGUGUUGAAAAGGCCCUGGAGCUCAUGUCGCAGCGUUUCGAGAUGCAGGUGCUGAGCCUGAGCGGAAACUACUGCAUCGACAAGAAGCCCAGCGCCAUCAACUGGAUUGAGGGUAGGGGCAAGAGCGUGUGCUGCGAGGCCGUCAUCCCGGGUGCAACGGUCAAGUCGGUCCUCAAGACGACGGUCAAGGACCUGGUUAAUCUCAACAUCAAGAAGAACCUGAUCGGAUCGGCCAUGGCUGGCUCUGUCGGAGGCUUCAAUGCCCAUGCCGCCAACAUCGUGGCUGCCGUCUUUUUGGCCACAGGCCAGGAUCCGGCCCAGGUCGUCGAGAGUUCGAUGUGCAUGACGCUCAUGGAAGCGAUUCCCAACGCAUCGACUGGCGUGGAUGACCUCCUGGUCACGGUGUCCAUGCCCUCGAUCGAGGUUGGCACCGUCGGCGGUGGCACCAUCCUUUCACCCCAACGAGCCCUGCUGGAGAUGCUGGGUGUGGCGGGCGCUUCCAAGGAGAUUCCAGGCGCAAACGCACAGCGUCUGGCGAGGAUCAUCGCUGCCGCUGUAAUGGCGGGCGAGCUGAGCCUGAUGGGCGCCCUCAGUGCUGGCCACCUGAUCCAGGCCCACAUGAAGCACAAUCGAUCGGUGCCGCCUACGCCUGGAAAUGUGACGCCGAAUGGCAACGGCAGCGGCGGCUUGGGCAGUGGCUCGCUGUCGAUGAGCAGUGGAUUGGGCAGCAUGACGCCGCUCGUUGCACCGCCAAUUGCCAGCUCAAGGGCCAGCCCGACGUCUUCGCAGAUGAUGACGAUGACGUCUAGGGACAGCAGCUCCAAUGCCUCCAACAGCAACGAUUCGACCUUGUCGGCCAAAUUGUCGGCCAAAGACCGGAGAUCGUCUUCGGUCUGUUGAUAUCAAUACAUCCUAUAAAUACACACAACUAUCAUCGCUCUUUCAGUAUUUCCUCUUAGUGUCCCCAGUAAUUGGAACCCUUUCAACAAAUCUUGCAACCUCAUAGAAGACUAUCGAUACAUUUCAUGGCGUGUUGUACA